UUUUAAAAAGAGCUGCAUUUUUUGUUUCUCGUUAUUGUGCGAUGUUCUUGUAACUCCCAUUUCCCUGGCUUUCUCUUUAAUGUACAGUAUACAGUAAUAUUGCUAAACCAAUAUACUGUAUUAUAUGUACAGUACUAUGUACACACGGCACUAGAAUCACAGAAUGAUUUUCUAUCAGUUUAAUGAACGCUGCUAGCAACACUGUUUCCAAAUAUGUGAGACGUAGCGAAGUCACUGAAGUGCAAAUAUGAAACAAUACAAACACAAAAACCGGAACCCAGAAUAGCCUAGCCCGAGGUCGUAUCUGGGCAUCUGAAAAGGGGCGGCCCCUCCAUUUCUAACACUGCUCUCUCGUGGGGGGGGUGUCUUCUGGGGACUUUGGUCCUGCCCCGAUUCGGCUGUGGCACUGGAAAAGGCUAAAGCUUCUCUGUGCAUGUCCAAAGUGCUUCUUCUCCUUCGCCCAGCAAGGAGCCCGCACCCCGCUUCCAAGGAGACUACUAGACUCUCACUGAAGUUCUCGUUUUCCAGCACCAACGCUUCACGGCGACCGCCUACUUCAGCCACGGCACCGCCACCCUCCCUUCUCCAAUUAGGACUGGCUGGUAAAGCGGAGCAGCAGAGGGAGCUGUUUACACGUGGUUCCGCGCCUGCCGUUGGAGUGGCUCCUCCCGAAGGAGAGGGGGCGAGGAGGGCUGCCAUUGACUUCAGUGGAGCCGGGGCAGAGUCGACGGGAGUUGCUCCUCGGCUGGCAAACUGGGCCUCUCUGGGAGUCCAAAAAGUGAUGGCAGAAGACCUGGAUCAGUUCCUUGAAGACCAAAAAGCCAAGCUGGCACAAGACAAGGCAAAACUUGAAAAUGAUCCCCCUUAUAUGGAAAUGCAGAACAAAGGUGAAGGGAUGCUUUCGGAAACCAGCAAAAUGUUGAUAUCCAUGGCUAAAGAAAAUAUCCCACCAAAUAGUCAACAGACUGGUAUACGUGACGAUGGCUUAAGCUUGCCUCUUGGGGAAGAAUAUGAACAUAAAAAGCACAAGUUAAAGGAGGAGCUUCGACAAGACUACAGACGUUACCUUUCUCAGGGAAUUUCACAAGCAAAAAAGAAGAAAAAAUACCUUACAUCUGGUGAAGUAGACCCGUAUACUCAGGGGCUUUCUCUUCCAAUUGGUGACAGGAAGUCUGCCAAGGACAGAUUAAGGCUUGAAAGAAACAAGGAGUACAAUCAGUAUCUCAGGGGAAAGGAGGAGUGGAAUGAAAGGUUAAGAAGAGUAGGGAAGAAGCGCACAGAGCAUGACAGAGACACACACCAAAAAAGCACCACCGACACCAGAAUCUGGUCAGAUUUAUAUUCGCCGAAUUUUUCACCAAGAAGAGAUGAAGAAUCGGUCAAGAAAGAUGCUUGUACAUCUACAGAGACCUUUGAAGGGCUGUCAAAUAGGAAACUAUCAUUAAUCCAACAUCCCAAAUCAGAUAAUGAAACUGGAUGUGAGGAUAGCAUAUUGCACAAAAAGCUUGAUGAAAAGUUGAACAUUUACAACAGAAGGAACCAAAGGCUGGAUGACAAACCUGAUAUAUCUGCUAGAAGGCAUCACAAGUUUGAUGAUGGUCAUGAACCUGAAAUAAAUGAAGGAAUGGAUCCUAGGUUUCGAUAUGAAAGUGACUAUGACAAAAAGCCAUUGCGGGUUUUUCAUACUCCAAGAAGUCAAGUCAAUUCCCCUACAAAUGAGCAGGCACAGUCAGCUGGUGGUAGUGCGCCUUAUGCAACGGGACUUAUAAUUGGUGGUCAAGACAGAGAAUUUAUACAGAAGAGAAAAGAACAAUAUAGGCAAGAGUUAAUGGAGCAAAUUGCUGAGCAACGGAGAAAUAGGAGACGUGAAAAGGAACUUGAGCUUUCAGUUGCUGCAUCUGGAGCUCUGGACCCUGAGAAAAUGCUAAGUGAAGAAAAGCCCAACAGAUUGAAAGAGUUGGGAUUAACACCACGAAUACCUGAGGAGAGAAUACCCCCAGAAAGACCAAGACCAGCUUUUCAGACUCCUACACCUGUGCCUGCCUCCAUAUCUGCACCUCCUGUUUCACCAGUGAAUGAAGAUUUUCACAAAGGACUGUCUGCUGCUCUUGGAGAAAUGUUGGCUCCCAGAAUUGCACCUCUCCCACCACCGCUGCCGCCGCCACCACCACCAGUUUUGGCUGAUCAUUAUAGAACUCCGUAUGAUGAUGCGUACUACUUCUAUGGGGCCCGGAAUCCUUUGGAUCCCAGCCUUGCAUACUAUGGCACAGGCUUGAUGGGGGUUCAAUCUUCUUCGGCACCACCACCUGUUGAUGCUGUUCAAAGGCCUCCUGCUGUGACUCUCAGUAAAAUUGGAACAAGCAUUACAAAUGAGAGACCACGAGGUCUGGGAAUAUUUCCUGAAGAAAAACCUAAACGCACAAGAGAGGCUACUUUAGCCUAUCAACAAGAAUUACAGCAGCAGAUAAAAGAGAGAGAAGAACGUCGAAGGCAAGAAAAAGAGGAAAAGGAACGGUACGAAGCCAAAUUAGAAGCUGACAUGAGAAAUUACAAUCCUUGGGGAAAAGGAGGUGGAGGUGCUCCUCUCAGAGAUAAAAAUGGAAAUCUCAUAACUGACUUGAAUAUGAUGCACAAGCAAAAUGAAGAUGCAUAUCAUAAUCCAGUGGCACGAGCGCAUGAAGAUAAAAGGCCUAUAGUAUCUGUUGACCUAAGCUUGGCCUCCCCAAGACUUGAGAAUACAGAUGAAUCUACAAAUAAAAUAGCAGAAACCUCCCCUUUUGCCCGUGGUAAUGUUUUUGGUGAGACCCCAACCCCAGAACAGCUAAGGCGGCAAGAAUCUUAUAAGAACUUUCUUCGUUUUCAAAUAGAGGAGAAAAAGAAGAGAGAAGAAGAAGAGCGUGAAAGACAAAGGCUUGAAGAAGAAAGGGAGGAGAGAAGACUGGCCGAACAAAGGGCUAGGAUACAGAGAGAGUAUGAAGAAGAACUGGAAAGAAAGCGAAGGAAAGAAGAGGAGCAAAGAUUAAAAAAUGAAGAACUAUAUCGAUUAGCUGAAGAAUGGAAAAAAGAGGCAGAGAAGAAAAAGACGGAGGAAGAAGAAAGGCAGGAUAAACAGAACAGUGGAAUAGAAAAACAUACAAUUAUUGAAGAAGGAAAGAUUUCAAGACAGCCUUCUCCUCUCAUUCCAUCCCUUCAGAACAAGUCAUUAGUAAAAGAAGAAAGGCAACUUACAAUGGCGAGCCGUACAUCUUAUUAUACACAUGAUCUUCCAAGAGUUCAGUCUCCUCCAGUUCCGGCUAGAAGAAAUCAGCUCCGUGCAUAUGAAGAAAGAAAGAAUGUAAUAAGUGAACUAUCAGAGAUGAGGAAGCAACUCCGCAGUGAAGAACGGAGACUACAGGAACAGUUAUUAAAAGUACAUAGCGAUGAUGAUAACAUGUCAGCUAAAGGGAAGAAAGAUAAACAUUACAGGGAUGUGUUUGAGAUGGCCAGACUUCGUAUGCAAGUUCCAGUCAGGCGACCAUCCUCAAAAGAUGUUGCUGAUCCUAUCAAUGUACAAAAUAUCCGUGAAUUUAAUGAACUCAAAUACAAAGAUUCAGAAACAAGAGUAAACAUGAGAUCAAUGUAUCCUGAACCUCCCACUACUGAUGACACUCUGGACAUUCAACAGCAAGCUUUGCUAAGAGAACAGAAAAAGAAACUUGAAAAACUGAGGAGAAAUGCUGAAGUUGUCUUAGAUUUUGAUGAUCCUGUGUCUGGCUUCAAAUCAAGAGACAGAAGAAUGGUUAGGGAUGACGAAGCAAAUGAAUUUUUGAAAACUUCGCUCUUGGAAUCUGAGAGUGCUUUUAUUGGUACUGAUGGUGAGACCUUUCUUACUUCAGAAGUACCCAUAACUCCACCACCACCUUUAUCUGCAAGGGAAAGGAGGCGAGAGAGAGAAAAGGAAGGUGCUGCCCUUAGAGUGACUCCACUGCCACAGUCCGACAACAGCUCUUUACAUUCCAACUCUAGUCUCAACAUAGAUCAUCUGAAAGCCAAAAAUGAGGAGCGGCUGCAAAGAUUAAAGGAGUUACAAAGGAAGGCCAUUAAUUUAGCUGAUGAUAUUUCAUUGGGAAAUGCUGACGAAAUCCUGAACGAGUUGCCAUCUAAAGAUGGCAGAAGAUCCAACUCUGUUGACACUGUGGCAACAGAGCCAUGGUUGAGACCAGGGACAUCAGAGACCCUUAAAAGAUUUAUGUCUGAGCAGUCAAGUCAAGCUAAACUUUCUUCUGAGAAAAAUUUCCCCUUCAACUGGCAGGGACUGUCAACUGCCCAUGGAUGAAUAAAUCUGUAGCAAAGCCAGUUGUGCCUUUCAAAAGAAUGCUUCUCCACUAUUGCACUUUUAAAUUUUUUUAAUGUAAAUGUUCUGUACAGAAGCAGAGAUGUAACAGAGCCUGCAAAAAAAAAUUCAAAAGGCAGGCAAAUUGAUUAUGACAAAAAUUCUGAUUUUCACUUUUCCCAGAUUAAACUGUCAGUUUUGCUCAUAGGAUCCAAACUUUAACAUGGAACAUUUUGCACUAGGUAACCCUGAAAACACCACAAGAUAGCUAAGUACACAACUAGCUGAUUUAACAGCAUGGCACUUUUUGGUACCUCAGACCACAAGUACCAAUACAAUUGAGAUAAAUAUCCCAACUUAAUGGAGCUAAGUACUGUGCUUGGAGUUCUUGAAUGUGUAAUUUCUUGUUGCUCAUUUGCCGUUUAAUAUUUAGCCUGUAUUUUCAAUCCAAUCAUUUGUUUUAAAAUGCUGAACACUUUGUCUAUUUUAAAAAGGUCAAUAGUGAAUACUACAAAAUAUAUUUAUGGUUUUGAUUAAGAUUAUAAAAUAAAUUCUAUUUUACUAAGAAUUGAGUGUAUUUCUUGCCAAA